UGACAGGAAGCCAACUUCAAAUGGAUUGAUGUGAGUCAGGAUUUCAUUUGGGAAACCCAAGUGUCCAAUAAACGUCAUUGCUUUUUCAUUGGAAAAUCCUCACGUUCUAGCGACUCAUCACUGAAACCCUGGCGAUCCCAUGUGGACUUCUGGUAGAAUGAGCAAUGCAAAGCGCUGGCUUGGACUUGGCAUGUCCUUGUACCUCUGGGGAUUGAUGGACCUGACAUUUGCCACUCUCUCAGGCACACUGACAGCACGAGGCCAACUGGAGGCAGACAAGCCACAGUCCCACCAGCGGACAAGGAGGAGCUGGGUUUGGAACCAGUUUUUUGUUCUGGAAGAGUACACUGGGACGGACCCUUUGUAUGUUGGCAAGCUUCAUUCAGAUAUGGAUAGGGGAGACGGAUCCAUCAAAUACAUCCUCUCCGGAGAAGGUGCAGGAAUCGUGUUUACCAUCGACGACACCACGGGAGACAUCCACGCCAUUCAGAGACUCGACCGGGAGGAAAGGGCCCAGUAUACGUUACGAGCUCAAGCCUUAGACAGGCGGACAGGCAGGCCCAUGGAGCCAGAGUCUGAGUUCAUCAUCAAAAUCCAAGAUAUCAAUGAUAAUGAGCCCAAGUUCCUGGAUGGGCCUUAUGUUGCGGCUGUGCCAGAAAUGUCACCAGUGGGUACCUCUGUUAUCCAGGUAGCAGCUACAGAUGCAGAUGACCCAACCUACGGCAACAGCGCUCGGGUGGUGUACAGCAUCCUCCAGGGCCAGCCAUACUUCUCGGUGGACUCCAAAACAGGUGUCAUCAGAACAGCACUCAUGAACAUGGACAGAGAAGCUAAGGAAUACUAUGAAGUGAUCAUCCAAGCCAAGGACAUGGGCGGGCAGCUGGGAGGACUGGCUGGGACCACCACGGUCAACAUCACUCUCUCGGAUGUCAAUGACAACCCACCACGCUUUCCUCAGAAGCAUUAUCAGAUGAGUGUGUUGGAAUCUGCCCCGAUUAGCUCCACUGUGGGGAGAGUGUUUGCCAAGGACUUGGAUGAAGGAAUCAAUGCAGAAAUGAAGUACACUAUUGUGGACGGAGAUGGUGCGGACUCCUUUGACAUUCACACGGAUCCCAAUUUCCAAGUCGGCAUCAUAACUGUGAAGAAGCCCCUGAGUUUUGAAAGCAAGAAAAGCUACACCUUAAAAGUGGAAGGCUCCAACCCUCACCUGGAGAUGCGUUUUCUGAACCUGGGCCCAUUUCAGGACACGACGACGGUACACAUCAGCGUGGAAGACGUGGAUGAGCCCCCCGUGUUUGAGCCUGGCUUUUAUUUUGUGGAGGUACCUGAGGACGUGGCCAUUGGAACCACCAUACAGAUCAUUGCUGCCAAGGACCCAGAUGUGACCAACAAUUCAAUCAGAUACUCCAUAGACAGAAACAGUGACCCUGGAAGGUUCUUCUACGUUGACAUUACAACAGGUGCCCUAAUGACUGCAAGACCUCUGGACCGGGAAGAAUUUUCCUGGCAUAAUAUGACUGUCCUUGCUAUGGAGAUGAACAAUCCCUCCCAAGUUGGGAGUGUUCCGGUCACAAUCAAAGUCUUAGAUGUGAAUGACAACGCUCCUGAGUUUCCCAGGUUCUAUGAAGCUUUUGUCUGUGAAAAUGCCAAAGCAGGGCAGCUGAUCCAGACGGUGAGUGCCAUAGACCAAGAUGAACCACGCCACGGGCAGCAUUUCUACUACAGCCUGGCUCCAGAGGCUGCCAACAACCCCAACUUCACGGUCAGGGACAAUCAAGACAACACUGCCCGGAUUCUAACCCGGAGGUCUGGCUUCCGGCAGCAGGAGCAGAGCAUCUUCUACCUACCCAUCCUGAUAGCGGACAACGGGCAGCCAGCGCUGAGCAGCACGGGCACGCUCACUGUCCAGGUGUGCAGCUGUGACGACAUGGGCCACGUCAUGUCCUGCAGCCCCGAGGCCUACAUGCUCCCGGUCAGUCUGAGCCGGGGUGCCCUCAUCGCCAUCCUGGCCUGCAUCUUCAUCCUACUGGUGCUGGUGUUGCUCAUCCUGUCCAUGCGGCGCCACCGGAAGCAGCCGUACAUCAUCGACGACGACGAGAACAUCCACGAGAACAUCGUGCGCUACGACGACGAGGGCGGCGGCGAGGAGGACACCGAGGCCUUCGACAUCGCCGCCAUGUGGAACCCCAGGGAGGCGCAGGCCGGCGCCAAGACGAGGCAAGACAUGCUGCCCGAGAUUGAGAGCCUGUCCCGCUACGUGCCUCAGACGUGCGCCGUGAGCAGCACCGUCCACAGCUAUGUGCUGGCCAAACUCUACGAGGCCGACAUGGACCUGUGGGCGCCGCCCUUCGACUCCCUGCAGACGUAUAUGUUCGAGGGCGACGGCUCUGUGGCGGGCUCGCUGAGCUCCCUGCAGUCAGCAGCCUCAGACUCAGAGCAGAGCUUCGACUUCCUCACGGACUGGGGGCCCCGCUUCCGGAAGCUGGCGGAGCUGUACGGGGCUGCGGAGGGGCCACCGCCCUUGUGGUGACGGAAGGCGGGGAGGCAGGCGCUCCUUCUCAGGCACGUGCUCAGCAGAUGCUGCGCAGCCGCGGUGCAGCCAACCCACACGAGCAAUACUGUGCUGGAGAGUCCGAUUGGGGUGAGCGGGUCGAGAAGGGCUCUCUCUGGAUCAGCUUUACUUGGUUAGGAUAAGUUAAAGAAUCAAAAGGAAACUCAGAAAGAGGAGGGGAAAUAUCCAAUUCCCUUUUUUUUAUUUUCAUGACCGUGUUUUCAAAGACUUGGAGUCCAAGGUAUUAGGGCACGUUAGGUUUUCCUUUGCCAGUCCCCAGACCUUUGCCCUUUGCCACCACAAAGAGGCUCAGAUUCUAAAUGCAAAGGUGGAAAUAGACAG